CGCCAGCGACCGCGGCAGCCCGGCGCUGUCCAGCCGCAGCACGCUGGCGCUGGCCGUGUCGGACGUGAACGACAACGCGCCCGUGUUCGAGGAAGCCGCCUACAGCGCCUACGUGGCGGAGAACAACGCGGCGGGCGCGGCGGUGCUGCGCGUGCGCGCGCGGGACGCGGACGCGGGCGCCAACGGGCGCGUGAGCUACUGGCUGGUGGGCGGCAGCGCGGGCGAGGCGGCGGCGUCCUACGUGUCGGUGGAGGCGCGGAGCGGCGCGCUGUACGCGCAGCGCUCCUUCGACUACGAGCAGUGCCGCGAGCUCGCGUGCUCUGCCGCACGGCCUUUCCCUUUCCCUUUCCCUUUCCCCAUUCCGUUUUCCCUUUUUUCUUUCCCCUUUUCCCUGUUCCUUUUCCCUCUUCCCCUUCCCCUUUUCGUCCUUUCCCCCCUUUUCCCUUCUCCCUUCUUCCUUUCCCUUUUCCCGUUUCUCAUUCCCUUUUCUGUUCUGUUUCCCCCGGUCGGAGCUCAGGCCCUGCGUGCGGGGAAGCCCUCCCCCUCUCUCCCGGCGCAGGCACAGGGACUCUGCAAAGGCACCGUGUGUGUCCGCCUUCGAUCAGCAGUUCCCGCCGCGGGCCGCAGGGUGGUGCUCUUGGCCAAGGCGGCGCUGCAGCGGCGCUGCGGCGCGGGGAGGCGGCCGCACCGGGCGGCGGCGGCCGAGCUGCAGCAGCGGCGAGCGGCGCGGCGAGCAGGGGCGGCGAGCGGUCCUCCGUGGCAGCCGCUGCCGAGCCACCGCGGCCGCCCUCCGGGCCGCGUAGCGGACUCGGCGAGCAGGGGCGCCCGCCCGCCUGGCUGCCGGGUCCCGGUGCGGGCAUUGUCCCGGAGGAGCGGGCAGGCGAUCCGCGAGACGGAGGGUGUCCGCCGGACUCGACAUGGCGUCUGCAAGGCAAGUGCUUUGUCUCUGUGUUCUUCUCUGCGUGCCGCAUGCUCGCUCCGAGCCCAUUCGCUACUCCGUCGCCGAGGAGAGGGAGAGCGGCUCGCUGGUGGCUCACGUCGCGCAGGACGUGGGGCUGGACCUGGCGCAGCUCUGGGCUCGCGACGCCCGGCUUGUUUCGGACCACAGCCGGCAGUAUUUUCGGUUAGACCGCAGGACCGGCCGCCUGGCAGUUAGCGAGAGGAUAGACCGGGAGGAGAUCUGCGGCCAGGCCGUCACGUGCACGGUCCCCUUUGAGCUGCUGCUGGCCGACCCUCUGCAGUUCUUUCGGAUCGAAGUGGCCAUAGAGGAUAUCAAUGACCACUCGCCAGUGUUCCCGGAGGAAGAAGUGACUUUUAAGAUCCCGGAAACGAGCGAGCCGGGGUCCCGUUUCCCGCUGGAGGGGGCUCGGGACCUAGAUGUCGGCAGUAACAGCCUGCAGGCUUACAGCAUCGCUCCCGAGAACGAGUACUUCAGCGUCUCUUUCCGGAGUCGCAGUGAAGGAGGCCAGUCCGUCGAAUUAGUCCUGGAAAAGUCGCUGGACAGAGAGGAGCAACCGGAGGUUGCUUUCAGUGUCAUUGCCACGGACGGGGGCUCUCCGCCCCGGAGCGGGACGGCCCAGGUCCGCAUCGUUGUCCUGGACGUAAAUGACAACGCUCCGAUCUUCACGCAGGAACGGUACAGAGGACAGGUUUUGGAAAACGCCCCGGAGGACUCGGUGGUUCUCCGUGUGGUCGCAGCUGAUGCGGACGUGGGAGUUAACGGGGAGAUAUCCUACUCGUUCAGCCAAGCGGUGGGGCACAGCCACGUAGCGUUCAAGAUCGACCCCGUGAGUGGUGAAAUUCGUGUCAGCCAGCCCCUGGAUUUCGAAGCGGCGGAGAAACACGAGCUCAGCGUGCGCGCCACAGACGGCGGGGGUCUCUCCGCGCUCUGCGACGUAGUGGUGGAGGUGCUGGAUGUGAACGACAACGCGCCGGAGCUGGCGGUGAGUUCCUUCAGCAGCCGCCUCGCCGAGAGCGCCUUGCCCGGGACGGUGGUCGGCCUCUUUGUCGUCAAGGACCGGGACGCCGGGGACAACGGGAAGGUCGUCUGUUCGCUGGAGGACCAGCCCGCGUUCUCCCUGAGGCCUGCCUAUAAGAAUUACUACGAGCUGGUGACAGCGAGCGCCCUGGACCGGGAGGAGACGGCGCGGUACAUCCUCGCGGUCACGGCGGCCGACGCGGGGUCCCCGCCUCUCACGACCACGCAGACCUUCACGGUGGACGUCUCCGACGUCAAUGACAACGCGCCCGUGUUCAACCAGACGUCGUACACCAUGCACGUGCGUGAGAACAACGACCCGGCCGUGCUCGUCGGCGCCGUCCGCGCCGCGGACGACGACGACGUGGGGCCCAACUCCAAGGUGACCUAUUCCCUGGCGCCGGCCCGCCCCGCGGAGCGCGCCGCGCGCUCCUACGUCUCCGUGAACUCCGAGAACGGGAACGUGUUUGUGCUGCGGCCGCUGGACUACGAGCAGGUGAGGCAGCUGGAGGUCGUGGUGAGCGCCGCCGACUCGGGCUCGCCGCCCCUCAGCGCCAACGUCACCGUCCGCAUCCUCGUGGUGGACGAAAACGACAACGCGCCCGUGGUCCUGCACCCCGCGCAGGACAGCUCGCCGCCGUCCAGCGAGCUGGUGCCCACGUCGGCCGAGGCGGGCUACCUCGUCGCCAAAGUGGUGGCCGUCGACGCCGACUCGGGGCAGAAUUCGUGGCUUUCCUACCACCUGCUCAAGGCAACGGACCCCGGGCUGUUCGCCGUGGGGGCCCAAACCGGCGAGGUGCGGCUGAGGCGGCCGGUGACCGAGAGAGACGCCGUGAGGCAGAAGCUGGUGGUCCUGGUGCGGGACAACGGGCGGCCGCCGCUGUCCGCCACCGCGGUGCUGGCCGCGCUCCUGCUCGACGGCUUCUCGGACGCGCACAUGCCGCGCAACGGCCUGGCCCCGGAGGACGAGGGCGGCUCGCUGACGCUUUAUUUAAUCGUUUCCCUGGCCUUCGUCUCGCUCCUCUUCCUCGCUUCGGCCGCAGCCUUCGUCGCCUGCAAGGUGUGCAAGAGAAAGUCCCUGAAGGAGGGCACCGUGCUCUACGGCCCCGGCGACUUCCAGACCGGCCUGGCCGACGCAGCCGGGACGGGGACUCUGCCCCACGCCUACUGCUACGAGGUCAGCCUCACCACGGGCUCGGGCAACAGCGAGUUCAGGUUCCUCAAGCCGGUCCUCGCCAGCCUGCCGCCGCAGCGCUGCGGCACGGACGGGGGUGCCGCCGGGGAGGAGGAUUUCCCCGGCGGCCUGCCCCGCGCCGAGGAACCGCGGCCGCAGAGCCACGGUACGCUGCCUGCGGGACCGUUCAGCAGGCUUGCCUUUGACUAGCGCUACGGGAGCAUCCCCAGUGCUUCGGCGCUUCCCUCCUGAAACGGCGUGGAAUACCCUCACUUGGCUGACCCUGGGUGGGGAGGGAUCCGGGCUGAGAGACGCGGCAAUGAUUCUCCCAGAGGAAACUUGCAGUCCCCUUUAGCGUCACCAGUUUCCCUCGUAUCCCGACCCAGUACAACGGUUUGCCGCCGCCGCAGCCGCCACCACCACCACCAGCACCACAAAAAGAAAAAAAGAAAGAAAGAGAAAAGGCAUGGAAAUAAAGCUGCAGUUCUAACAGCAGCUCAGUGCCGUAGCACGGUCUCGAGGUUGAAAAGACAAAUCACGUGUUUGUGUUUGCUGAACGCUGCGCUGUAACCCCCCUCCAGGCUACUAGAGAGCCUGAAGUUCUGGUGCUCUGGUGAAAUGUGGUGCAAGCUCUGCUCUCUUCCUCCGCUCUCUUCCUGCCCCGGGCCCUGGAUCUCUCUUUCUGGGGAGUGCUGGCGUUGUGUGUCUGCUCUUCUGGACAAUGUCUCUGAUGCUGUAUAUGCGUACCCCCGCGGUGUAUUUCUUCAAUGGUUUACAUGCAUACUCCCGUUGUGUAUCAGCACGUCAAACGGUGCUGUGGGAUCGAAGUGCUUCCACCCAUCCGUGUUGAUUCGCGCUCUUGCAACUCAGCAGUGGGAAAAGGGGGUUUUCUCCGAGUCCCGAGUUUGUCAGCUGCCCUAAGGGAGAGUAGUAAAAUGCAUAGCUAGGUCUCCCUCGUAGCCGAAAAUGGUGGUUGCGGGCGGGGAGGGAGGGAGGGAAUGUCCUUGAAAUCGUCUCGGAUAUAUAGCAGGGUUAGUAAUGCCGGGAUAGACUGUAACUAUACCAAAUUGUGCAAAGGCAAAGCGUUAACCGUUUGCGGUCUCCCUUUCCCCCCGAUUUUCCUUUUUGUAUGCUAGCUGUCUCUUACCAGUGUUUGAGACCCAUGCUGCCGAGCACUAACUCUUCUGAAAUCCUCGCAUUGUACGGAAUUGCAGUUAUAAAGUGGAAAACCGUAAGCCUUCUUUGGUAGAACAAGGCAAUAAAAAGAAUACAAGCACUCGAA